AUGUGGUAUGAAAAGAGGAUUAAAAAUACAAAGUCGUCUGAUGGGACGACUUUCUCUUCGUGCUGCCAGGAUGGCAAGGUUUUGCUUGCUCGCCUUCUUGAUGCUCCUGAACCAUUAAGAUCAUUACUUGAUUGUAACGACCCAGAGACAGUUAGAUUCAGAGAACAUAUUAGAGUGUACAAUAGCAUGUUCUGUUUCACAUCAUUUGGGGGAAAGAUUGAUCAUGCUAUAAAUAGUGGUCGAAGCCUAUACACCUUCCGAAUAAGCGGUCAGAACUACCACCGAAUAGGAGCCAUGUUGCCAGUUGAAGGUGAACAACCCAAAUAUGCUCAACUAUAUUUCUACGACACGCAAAACGAAGUCAAAAACCUUAUAGCUGCUUUGUUUAGACAGACCCAUUGUCACAGCACAUGUGAUGAAGCAAUUAUUGCGUCCCUCAUCAAAAUGUUAGACAACCACAGUUCUUUGGCUAACGCCUUCCGAAUGGCGCGCGACUGGUGCACUCAGAAUGAAAGCAACAAUUGUCAUCUACGCUUACUAGGCCAAAUAACAAACAACCCACAGUACAAUCGCCCUAAUGUGUCUGAAGUUGCAGUUCUUAUCACAAACGACUUUGGGGAAAACACCGAGCCACGUGAUGUUAUCGUUAGUACAAAGAACGGCGCGCUUCAACAGAUAUCAGAAUUACAACAGCUUUACAUGCCUUUGCAGUAUCCGUUAUUGUUUCCGUACAGAGAGACCGGGUUCCACGAGCGAAUACACUUCCAUGCCAACACCGGACGUCGGGCUACUAAACGACAAUGUGUCACAAUGCGGGAAUACUACUGCUACAGAAUCCAUUAUCGCAACAAUGAAGGUACCCCCCUGUUAAGAGGCGGUCGUUUAUUCCAACAAUAUUUGGUUGACUCAUACGCGACCAUCGAAGAACAAAGGUUGCGCUGGAUGAGGAAUAACCAAAAUGAGCUGCGCGUUGAACUCUAUCAUAAUGUUUGUGACGCUGUGACGCGUGGGGAUACAAAUGCUGAGGCUAUCAGACAACGCAUAGUUUUGCCGGCAACCUUUACGGGCAGCCUAAGAUAUAUGAUCCAAAAUUACCAAGACGCCAUGGCUCUGUGCCAUGCUUUUGGGAACCCCGACCUGUUUGUAACAUUUACAGCUAACCCAAAAUGGCCUGAAAUCGAAGACAUGGUAUCUCUCAUAUCAGGACAGAAGUCUGAUGACCGUGAAGAUGUUGUAUCACGCGUUUUUAAGCUAAAGCUGACCUUCUUGAUUGAAGAUAUUAUGAAGAAACAAAUCUUUGGCAGCUGCAAAGCAGUUGUUUACACAGUUGAGUUUCAAAAAAGAGGCCUACCGCACGCGCAUCUUUUAUUGUGGCUUGAACAUUGUGCCGCGUCUCGCACGCCUGCCGGUAUAGAUGAUUUGAUUUCAGCCGAGAUCCCAUCAAAAAUUGACGAUCCAUCCGGCUAUAAGGCUGUAACAGAUUACAUGUUGCAUGGUCCAUGUGGGAAUGAUGCGCGCGGUGCUCCGUGUACAACAGAUGGAAAAUGCAUGAAACACUUUCCAAAGCCAUUUUAUCGAGAAACGACAAUUGACGAAGACGGUUACCCGAUUUAUCGACGACGAGAUACCAAGAUUUUCUUUAUGAAGGGCAAAACGAAGCUUGACAAUCGGUUUGUCGUCCCAUACAACCGUUAUCUCCUCUUAAAGUACGAAUCGCACAUCAAUGUUGAAUGGUGCAACCAGUCCCGAGCAAUAAAAUACCUGUUUAAAUACUUAAACAAGGGGCCAGACAGGGCUACAAUGGUUGUUCAGGAAAACAUUGGCAAUGAUGGUGAAAGGCGUACACAACAGAUUGUUAAGGUCGAUGAGAUUAAAAACUAUUUGGAUUGCCGGUACUUAUCGCCGUGUGAAGUUGUGUGGAGAAUGCUUGCAUUCCCUACACAUUACUCAUUCCCAUCCGUCAUGAAGCUAACGUUCCAUACACCUAACCAACAUCUACUCACGUUACGUGAUUCGGACAGCUUGCCAGCCCUGUUAAACCGGGACGGGUUACGAGACACAAUGUUCACCCAAUGGUUUGCACUAAACAAUAGAGAUGCAGCGGCAAGAAAGUUUACGUACGCCGAGAUACCAACAAAGUAUGUGUGGCAAGAGGAUAAUAAGGUAUGGAAAACGCGGUUGGAGCGGACAGCCAUUGGGCGGAUUGUGUAUUGCAAUCCAGCAGCUGGGCCAAAGUAUUAUUUAAGGAUGUUGUUGGGAAUUGUGAGAGGGCCCCGAAGUUUCGAAGAAAUAAAAACGGUCGACGGAGUCGUGUAUGAAACGUUCAGAGAAGCCUGCUAUGCGUAUGGCUUGCUUAAUGAUGACAAGGAGUAG